AUGUUAAAUUCAAUGCAAAAGAGGAAUUUAAAAAUUGAGAUUGAAGAUGAAAGAAUUAAUAGAUGUAAUUUGAGGAAGAACCUGAAAUUUUUUGGGUGCACUUCUUCUUUCGGAGUUCGAAAGAGGAAAUCACUGCUAAAUGUUUUUCAGGAAGAGGAGGGAAAAGCAAUUGAUUUGGGGGCGAUAAACCCUGGCGCAGAGGAAAAUAAUUUUUCGCUGAUGCUUGUUGGUAAAUUGCUCACACAACGUUCUUAUAACAUUGAUGCUUUUAAGAAAACUAUGACUACUGUUUGGGCACCUAGCCAUGGAGUAAAGUACGUGGAUGGUGAUGAACAGCCUGAGCAGAUAAACCUAACCCAUUCGCCAUUUUGGGUGAGGAUUAAAAACCUACCUUUUAAUUGCAAGUCAGAUGACCAUGUUCGAGCAAUUGUUGGGGGUAUGGGUGAGGUGCUGGAGAUUGAAGAUGAUAUCAUUGGUAUAGGGCGAUACCGUCAUGUCAAAUUGCUACUUGACAUUACUCUACCUCUAAGACGUUUCCAGAUGAUCAAAGGCAGGAAAGGGAGGGAGCUUAGAGUUGACUUUGCUUAUGGAAGGCUCCCUUUCUUCUGUUUUACAUGUGGUGUUAUGGGAUAUUCUGAGGAGGAUUGUCGUGUGGUGCCAGAAGAAGAUAAAGAAGAGAAACUAGGCUAG